AUGGAAUCGUUUCUAAGUCUAUUCGAUCCCAAUCAGCCAGACGAUGGCUUCGAUGAGGAGCCUGAGCUCAAUGGCAACAACAGCGGCAGCAGUGAAUUCGAAGUGGAUGCCAAUGCCAACAGCGAAGGCAAAUUGAUAUUUGACUUUGAGCAGGGUAAACUGCCGCCCGAGCCGCAGCUGGGCAAUGUGGAGUACAAGCUUAAGCUGUUGAAUCCUUCAAAGCAGCGCUUCGAGCAUUUGGUAACGCAGAUGAAGUGGCGUCUGCGUGAGGGACAUGGCGAAGCUAUCUAUGAAAUAGGCGUAUCCGAUGCUGGCAAGCUAAAGGGUCUGAGCGACAAGGAUAUGAACGCAUCGCUGACAACGCUCAAGCAAAUGGCGCAUCAGCUGGGCGCCAGCACUUCAGUGUUGCGUAGCAAAACUGUUGACGUUGAGCGCUCGGUGGCCGAGGUGCUGGUGCGCAAGAUACCCGACGAUCAGCAUAACAUAGAGAUACGUGUGGCGGUGCUGGGUGGUGCAGAUGCAGGCAAAUCGACGCUGCUGGGCGUGCUGACACAGGAUGAGCUAGACAAUGGACAUGGCAGAGCGCGACUUAUCAUGUUUCGCCACAUGCAUGAAAUACAAUCGGGUCGCACUUCCUGCAUUUCGCAUGAAACGCUGGGCUUUGAUGCGCUGGGCAAUGUGGUCAACUAUAAGUACAAUGAAAUGAUGACCGCUGAGGAGAUAAGCGAUAGCUCUACCAAGCUGGUUACUUUUAUGGAUUUGGCUGGACAUCGACGUUAUAUGCGCACCACAGUGCAGGCCUUGAGUGGCUAUUCGCCUCACUAUGCCAUGCUGGUGGUGUCGGCGGGCAGUGGCUGCAACGACACUACCGAGGAGCAUUUGGCCAUUGUGCGUGCGCUGGACAUGCCGUUUUUUAUACUAAUAACCAAAACGGACAUCACAUCGCCGGAUGCUACAGUGCAGGAGCUGCGCACGCUCUUGACCAACAUAGGCUGCCGCAAGGUGCCAUUUGUGGUGAGCAAUACGGAUGAAGCUAUUUCGGCGGGCUCGAAUCAAGUCUCGGAGAAUAUUGUGCCCAUUUUCUGUGUGUCCAAUGUCACAGGCACUGGGCUGAAUCUAGUCACCAAGUUUCUGUACGUGCUCUCGCCGGGCAUAAGCAAUGCAGAGAAGGAUCGCUUGGAACUCGAGCCCUGCGAGUUUCAAAUUGACGAAAUCUUUCGUGUCACCGACGUGGGACCUGUGGUGGGCGGACUGCUCGUACGCGGCGUAGUAACUGAGAAUAUGCCCAUGAAGCUGGGUCCACUGCCCGAUGGCAGCUUCGAGGCCGUCACUGUCCACACUAUACAUCGCAAUAAAGCGCCUUGCCGCGUAGUGCGCGCCGGCCAGAGCGCCUCGCUCUCUUUCACGCCCACGCAGGAGCUGCCCUCGCUGCGCAGCGGCAUGGUGCUGCUAGGCGAUUCGGCCAGCACGGAUGAACCUUUCGGCACCUACUUCUUUCAAGCCAAAGUCUCGGUGCUGUUCCACGCCACUGCCAUCUUUGUGGGCUUCCAGACCACUGUGCAUAUUGGGAGCAUACGCCAAACGGCGGUUAUACGCGGCAUUAUGGGCGGCGAGAAGCUCGGCACCAAUGACUCUGCCUCGGUGAUGUUCGAGUUUGUGGGACAUCCGGAGUAUGUGCGUCCGGGCAUGCGCAUACUCUUCCGCGAGGGCAUGUCCAGCAAGGGCAUUGGUGUGGUCACCCAAGUAUUUCCCGUUAACAAGACGCGCGCCAAGUGAUCUCUACCGCUUGGAACAUCACGGUUAUAUAUCUCAAGAAAAAAACUAGCAAAACAUAUGUAGAAAUGUACAUAUUAAUUAGCAACUAGAAUUUAAAGUUUUUGGAUUAGCAUUAACAUUAAUACUUACUUAUACUACCUUGAAUUUUUAGCAGUUCCACUGUUCUGUGAUUUUUCUUUUUCAUUUAAGCUCAAGCUCCAGUAUACAAAGUAUAUAUCCUACGAAUUAUUCAUUUUAACUCACGCGUACUUAAUAAAAGUAACUAAA